CGCAUAUAUAAACUGCUCUUUAUGCUGCCGACUCCUCACAAUUAUCUCUCCCUCAUUGUUUCUUUCUUCACACUCAUCACUCUCUGAUUCUUGAUUUCCUGUUCUCAGCGUUCAAACUUCUGCUACAGGAAAAAUGAGAGAAAUCCUUCAUGUUCAAGGUGGACAGUGCGGUAACCAAAUUGGCUCCAAGUUCUGGGAGGUUGUCUGUGAUGAGCAUGGCAUAGACCCAACCGGAAGGUACGUCGGCACCUCAGACCUGCAGCUUGAGCGUGUGAAUGUCUACUACAAUGAAGCUUCUUGUGGGAGGUUUGUUCCUCGUGCUGUGCUGAUGGACUUGGAGCCUGGCACUAUGGACAGUGUUCGCACUGGUCCAUAUGGGCAGAUAUUUAGGCCUGACAACUUUGUCUUUGGGCAAUCUGGUGCUGGGAACAACUGGGCAAAGGGUCAUUACACAGAGGGUGCAGAGCUUAUUGAUGCUGUUCUUGAUGUUGUGAGAAAGGAGGCUGAAAAUUGUGACUGCCUUCAAGGUUUCCAAGUCUGCCACUCUUUGGGUGGAGGAACUGGUUCUGGGAUGGGUACAUUGCUCAUCUCAAAAAUUCGCGAGGAGUACCCUGACAGAAUGAUGCUCACAUUUUCUGUUUUUCCCUCACCAAAGGUUUCAGAUACAGUGGUUGAGCCAUAUAAUGCCACCCUUUCUGUCCAUCAGUUGGUUGAGAAUGCAGAUGAGUGCAUGGUUCUUGAUAAUGAGGCUUUGUAUGACAUCUGCUUCAGGACUCUUAAAUUGACGACUCCAAGUUUUGGUGAUCUAAAUCACUUGAUCUCUGCAACCAUGAGUGGAGUCACUUGUUGUCUCAGGUUCCCUGGUCAACUCAACUCUGACCUGCGAAAACUUGCUGUGAACCUUAUCCCCUUCCCUCGCCUGCACUUCUUCAUGGUAGGGUUUGCUCCUUUGACCUCACGUGGUUCUCAGCAGUAUCGAGCCCUGACAGUCCCAGAACUGACCCAGCAAAUGUGGGAUUCUAAGAACAUGAUGUGCGCUGCUGACCCUAGGCAUGGCCGCUACCUUACUGCAUCUGCCAUGUUCCGUGGGAAGAUGAGCACCAAGGAAGUGGAUGAGCAGAUGAUCAAUGUUCAAAACAAGAACUCUUCGUACUUUGUUGAGUGGAUUCCAAACAAUGUGAAAUCCAGCGUCUGUGACAUUCCUCCCAGAGGGCUUUCCAUGGCUUCCACCUUCAUUGGUAACUCAACCUCCAUCCAGGAAAUGUUCAGGAGAGUCAGUGAACAAUUCACUGCCAUGUUCAGGAGAAAGGCUUUCUUGCAUUGGUAUACUGGUGAAGGCAUGGAUGAAAUGGAGUUCACUGAAGCUGAGAGCAAUAUGAAUGAUCUCGUGUCUGAGUACCAGCAGUACCAAGAUGCAACUGCAGAUGAUGAGGGUGAGUACGAGGAUGAAGAAGAAGAAGAAGAAGGAAUGGAUAAUAUCUAAAGACGAUGAAUGAAAUAUGUCGCAUGUCUGUGUUUCUCUGUAUCUUUGUUCUACUUUUGUAUUUGCCUGUAUGAUGGAUGGGUAAGUGAUUGCUGGUGGGAGGAGGAACAUUGGGAGAGGGAACGGGGGUAGAUGUUUUGAGAGUACCAAUGUUUUUGGCAUUUACUUUUGUUAUGGAUUUGUUCAUCUUUCAUUGCCAUCUUAAAGUAAGUCAUUCUCAUAUAUUCUGUUGUUGUUGAUA